CGGAUCUCCGUUGCCUCCGGCCUUGGCAUUACUCUACCUGACUGCUGAAGACCUGAGAUUGCCUCAAUUCAUUGGAAUGUGACAAGAAAUUGAGAGGAAGGUGAUGUAAUGACAAUUUUUGAGGCAAGUAAAAACAAUCUGAGUCCGUGGAAAGACCAUGCAAUCAUGCUCGCAUCCCUGGGUAUCUUUCAUUCCAACGCCAUUCGUCAAAAGCAAUCAUUCCUUUCCUCCGCCCAACGCAAGCAAGCACAAGAAACAAAUCGUCGUGAUAGAGAGAAGGGCUGUGACGGGGCCCGCGUGGGAGAGACUGUGUGAUGAUGGACAGGAUGGUGAUGAUGCGCUGUCAAGAGAGCUCGAGAUCCGCCGAGAAGAGAAGGGCAGGUGAGGGCUGAACGGAACACAUGGGAGGCUGAUGAAGUGGAUGCAGUGAAACCCUCACACCGGGGGUACAUUCAGAGUCCGGAUCGCAUGACAAGCAUGGUCCAGAUCUACUGAUGCAGCGCCCAGGCGCUCAGGAGACACGCUCCACUUCAUCUGACGACCUCCUCUUCGUGCGCGAUCCUCCUCACAUCUGCUGCCCGAACCUGGUGGCGAGAUUGUUCACGUCGCCCGUGGUGGGUUUGAGGUUUCUGGCCAGCCUCUGGGCCUCCGCCCGGGACUGUCGGAGCUCCGCCACGACGAGCUCGAGACAGUCGGUGGUCUCUCGCAGCUUCUUCUCGACGGUAUCCACCUUGGACUCGAGCCUGUAUCUUUCAGCCCGCUCGUCCUGGGCCCUCUGGUGCUCCUUCAGCCAGUCCUUGCAGUUCUGGUCCUCUACCCCCCUCACGAACUCGAGCUUCUCUUCCAGCCAGGUGAUUCUCUCCUGCGCGGCCUCCAUGUCGCUGGCUCGGCCAGAACGCUCUUUGUCGAGAUCCUGGCGUGCUUCAAUGAGAUCCGACCAGUGCUCGGAGGACACCUUGGAGAGCUGGGUGAUUUCCGCCUCGGAGUCUCUGGCGCCGUUGGCAAGGCGAUCCUUCAGCUCCGAGAUCUCUGUCUCCUUCGCCUGGAUGGCCUGUUCUCGGCCAGAACGCUCCGCCGUGAGUUUCCCGGCGAGCUGGUUGAUGCGUUCUUCGGCGCCCUUCUUCUCAAGAGCUGCCUUUUGGCUGGCAGUCUCCAGUUCUUGCUGGAGGUUGGCGACCUCCUUGUUCUUGGCCUUGAAGGCCUCUUCUCCGACCGAACGCAUGUUGUCCAGCUCUUGGUUGAGCUGCGUGAUGGCGGCAUCGGCCUCCUUCUUCUGACGAGCUGCCAUAUGGCCGGCAGUCUCGAGUUGUUGCUUGAGGUCAGCGACCUCAUUGCUCUUUGCCGUAAAGGCUCCAUCGCCGACGGAGCGCGCGGUGGUGAGCUUGUUCUGGAGCUGCUGGAUGGUGGCGUCGCGGCUGCUGAUCUCCGAGCGCGCCGCAUCACGCACACUGCCGAGCUGGGUCUUGAGGCCAGC